AUGCUGGGAUUCAUUCUCCAGAAUGAUGUGUUUCUCGCAGCCAUUCUUAAUGUGGUCCUCAACUUCCCGGGCGUUCGAUACUUUUGGGAUCCAGCCGUAGGCUUGACGUUAGCUAAGCAACGUGCUUCUAUCCCAAGAGUCGGCGCAACUCAAAUAGCGACCUUGAGCCCGGAACCGACCAUAUUGAAGCCUACGUCGAUCUUGCCUCCGGAACCGGCUACAUUUACGCCCAUAUCGACCCUGCCUCUAAAACCAGUUGUAUGGAAGCCUUUCUCGACUUUGCGUCCAGAACCGGUUACAUUAACAGAAACCGUCACUCUUAUAGUGGAUGCUACUACCCAAGAGCAACAAGGUACAGCAUGGGCACACUAUCCAACUGAAUCAGCGGCCCUACCCGUAAAUCCAACACAAUGCUGCACCGAAGUAGCGCUAUAUGAGCCGAAAAGCAAAUUUCAAGCAUGGACCGGCUGGGCGAUGUUGAUUCUACCAGUCAUCAUCUUGAGUAUGCUAUAUCUGGCGUUGAGAUCAGGCUUUGUAAUCAUCAAACUACCUGCAGCUGAAGGCCAAAUUGAGGAGACGAAGAUCGAUCCUGCAAAAGACAAGAAAUCGGAACAGGAGAUGGAAGCUGAAGCUUGCGGUAUGUUCAAAGACCUGGACAGAAGUAGGCAAGAAAUGCAGCGUUUGAUAGAAAGCGUUGAGAAGAGAGAUGCCAUGCUCGAGUGCCUUGGCAUCUUCAAGGACAACGAUACGACACCUGAUGAAGAAAGCCUCAAGCAAUUGGUGAAGAAUAGAAAGAAAUCACUCGAAGCCAACGAGGACAGCUUGCGGAAACUGCAAGCGGAGAAAAUAGCUUGUUUGGAGAAGAUCCAGGAACUGGAGGCCGAAAAACCAAAAAUGGUAGAGGAUAUCAAGAAUCAAUUCGACCAGCACUACGCGCAAGAUGUUAAUCCCAAAUACCAAGAGUCCUUGAACGACAAGGAUUUCUCGAUCCAAUACUGGCGCAACGCGUUCUUCAAUAACGAAAAAGACGAAGCUAUGGAGGCGAACUACCGGCUCUGCGAAGAAAAAGAAGCCGAACUUGCGCAGCUCCGUACUCUACCUGCACAAAUCAGCGACUUAGAACAAGCCCUCCACGAUGCUACGAAGCAAAUCGAGACUCUCCAGCAAGAAAAGAAAGACCAGGGUAUUGCGGAUAGAAGGCGAUGGAUGCUGGAGAAGGACGACUUGUGCAAGAAACACAACGAUGUCACUGAAGCGCUGAAAGCCGAACUCAAGGAAGCCAAGCAGCUGUCGAAACUGUCGAAGGAGACUUCGAAAGCGCAGCAAGACAGCAGCGCGGACGCUACCGCCGAUAAGAAACAGGCUGAGAGCUUGAAGAAAGAGCACGAGGCUAUGAUGACUGAGGCUUCUGAGCUUCGAAAGCAGAUUGAAGCUAUCAAUAAUAUCGUCGACGAGGUUGUUCAGGAUUCAGAAAAGCUUAGGAGCGAGCGUGAUGGUCUUAGGGAGGCUCUAGAAAAGCUGGAGAAGGAAAAGGCGACCGAGAAGAAGGCAACCGAGGAGAAAAAGUGA